UCUUUUUGUGCUUUCUUCCAUUUUCUUAUGAGUUGACCCCAAAGGUUUAUUGGAUGAACUUAAUUUCUGUACUUAAAUAUGCUUGGCUACUAAAUACGUACAUGGGUUGUAUCUUCAGUUGAGCUAGACAGUAUCUUUGAAAAAUAGGUUGAUUCUGGGUUUGCGGAAUGGGAUUUGUUUAGAUAAUUAGCAAGUCACUUUGUAAUUGAACUGCUUAAAUGUAUGGAUGGAGGAGCAAAUGGGUGAAGUCAGACUGGAAAAUCAGUGAAGGAAAAUCAGGUUCAUUUAAGCACACGGCCGGCACAUGGGCUGGUGAUCCUGAUGACAAAGGUAUCCAGACAACAAACGAUGCCAAACAUUUCGCGGUCUCUGCAAAGAUACCGGAAUUUAGCAAUAAAAACAGAACACUGGUUGUACAGUAUUCUAUAAAGUUUGAGCAAGAUAUUGAAUGUGGAGGGGGUUAUAUAAAGCUUCUCUCUGGAUAUGUCAAUCAGAAGAAAUUUGGGGGAGACACCCCAUACAGUUUUAUGUUUGGGCCAGAUAUCUGUGGUACACAGACGAAGAAACUUCAUGUUAUACUUUCCUACCAAGGCCAGAAUUACCCCAUCAAGAAGGAAUUAGAAUGUGAAACAGACAAAUUAACACAUUUCUACACGUUCAUUCUUAGACCUGAUGCAUCCUACAGCAUCUGGAUUGAUGGUCGAGAAAGAGAUUCUGGAAGUAUGUACACAGACUGGGACAUACUUCCUCCCCGCAAAAUCAAGGAUGUAAAUGCAAAAAAGCCUGCAGACUGGGAAGACAGAGAAUAUAUUGAAGAUCCAGAUGACAUCAAACCUGAGGGAUAUGAUUCUAUUCCGAGAGAGAUUCCAGACCGGAAAGCUAAAAAGCCAAAUAACUGGGAUGAUGAAGAGGAUGGUAUGUGGAAGCCACCCAAAGUACCUAAUCCAGCAUACCGUGGUCCAUGGAAAAGGAAGAAAAUUAAGAAUCCCAACUAUAAAGGAAAAUGGAAGAUUCCUUGGAUUGAUAAUCCAGAAUUUGAAGAUGACCCUGAUCUCUACGUACUGAAGCCGAUCAAAUAUGUUGGUAUCGAAGUUUGGCAGGUAAAGGCAGGUUCUGUUUUUGAUAACAUUUUGGUGUGUGAUGAGCCAGAUUAUGCAAAACAAGUGAUUCAGGAAGUGUUUGCCAAUAGGGAGGCUGAAAAGGAGGCUUUUGAAGAGGCAGAGAAAGUGAGAAAAGCAAGAGAAGAAGAGGAAGCUCAAAGAGCAAGAGAGGAAGGUGAAAGGAGGAGACGAGAAAGGGGUCGGGACCGACAACGGGACAGAUACAAGAGGCGCUAUCACCACGAUUAUAUGGAUGACUAUCAUGAUGAACUUUAACUUGGUGUUAAGACCAUACUACAUUUUCCACUCCCAGAGAUGGCGUUUGGAUUUAUGUGUUCCUCUUGUUGUAUUUUGCUAUUGUUGUAUCUACAUUCUUCAUAAUACAAACUCAUUAGGCAUAAGAAAUGCAUUUUGUAUCUCUGAAACUAGUAUGGUUUGUGUUGAGAGCUGUCAGCUGAGUGUCAAAGCUUGGUUAGCCUGACUAUUCUGGAAAUGUGCAACGAUAUUGAAAUUGAAAAUUCCGUCUCCUUAAUCAUGCAAUUAACUGAGUGGAUAUGGUUCGGUUUGGAUGCA